AUGGACUUCCCAACCAGACCACCAUCCUCCCAGGAAUCCCUUCAGCGCUACUACAUUGGCAAAGACAUUGGCUCGGUCCCCAAACCCGCCGUUGUCCUAGAUGUAGCUAUCAUCAAGCGCCAUUGCGCCUCCAUGCUGGAUGCAGUAAAGUCUUUGGAUGUGGGAUUUCGUGCGCAUGUCAAGACUCACAAAACUCCUCAAAUCGCCCGUCUCCAAGUUGGGGAGGACAAAUCCAUACCCGCAAACUUUGUCAUCUCCACCCUUCUGGAAGGGGAGACUCUACUCCCAUUUUUCAAGGAACUCCGAGCCACCGGACGAAAAGUCAAUGUACUUUACGGCAUACCUCUUGUACCCUCUCAGGUUCCUAGGUUGGCUGCACUAGCGCGCGAACUAGGCGAGGGGAGUAUUUCUGUUAUGAUUGAUCAUCCCGAUCAGGUACAGUAUCUGACCGAGUUUCGAGAACUGGCGGGCCAUGCGGUGUCGGUGUUUCUCAAGGUGGAUUCAGGGUAUCAUCGGGCAGGACUCCCGCCUUCCAUGCUGAAUAAGGGGGGUUUGAUCGAGAAGGUGACUGAGAGGGAGAGGAAGGGGGAGUUGAUUCUGCUUGGCGUUUACUCGCAUAACAGUUUGAGUUAUGGGGGUGAUACACCAGAGGAGGUAAUGGGGUUCUUGGUGCAAGAGAUCACCGGGUGUCGGGAGGCAUUGAGGAAGAAUAAGGAUCUGUUCACAUUGCCUGGUGGUAAGGGGAGGGAAUUGGUGGUCAGUGUUGGGGCUACGCCGCAGGUGGUUGUGGUGAAGAAGCUACUUGAAGAGGAGGGGCAACUGAAUGAGGAGGCGAAGCGGUUGAAGAGCUUGUUGCAUGAAAAGGAUGUGGAUGGUGAGUUGUCAGUCAAAGUUGAGCUCCAUGCGGGCGUCUACCCGGUUCUGGAUAUGCAGCAAUUGGGCACCAAUAUUCAUCCCACUGCGGAUGCGGACAAAGAGGUCGGCAUCUCGGUGGUGGCAGAGGUCUGCAGUGUGUAUAACGAUGCUGAGCGGUCGAAACCUGAGGCUUUGGUGGCUGCUGGGUCGCUGGCUUUGGGGAGAGAGCCGUGCAAGUCGUAUCCGGGAUGGGGAGUGGUUGGGGAUUGGAGACGAGAGAAGGGGUCAUCGCGGUUGAUUGUGGAUCGGAUCAGCCAGGAACAUGCGAUUGUUGCCUGGGAAGGAGGAGAUGGGUCUACAAUUCCGCUCAAGGUCGGACAGACUGUCAGGAUAUAUCCGAAUCAUGCGUGCGUGACGGGGGCUAUGUAUGGGUGGUAUCUGGUGGUGGAUUCGAGUCGGGAUGGGGAUGGAUCGACGAUUGUAGAUGUUUGGCCGAGACCGACGGGAUGGUGA